AUGGCAGGCUUCAGCCCGUUCCCACAGAUGGGCCUCAACCCGAAUGACCCCAACAUGAUGCAGGGAAUGCUCCAGAACCCUGAGUUCUUGAACCAGAUGUCCACCAUCAUGUCCGACCCGGCUGUCCUCGAGCAGGUCAUCGCGGCGAUGGCUUCGCCCAUGUGCGAGAUGUUCCAGAGUGAGGGCUUCAGGCAAUUGAUGUCGAACCCCGAGUCGCUGCGCAUGAUGCGGCAGAUGUCGAGCUCGAUGGGCGGUGGCGGCGCAGACGGCUUCCCCAUGACCGGCGUUCCAGACGGCGGCAGUAACACCGGUGCCAGCACAUAA